AUGAGUUCUCAUCACUCGCAUUUUGAACACGACCCUGGCCAAGGCCAAACUCCUGCUCAGAUCGACCCAUCCUUGGGUUUCAUGAACCUGCCGCCUGCGGAGUAUCCGCACCUUGAUUUGAAUCCGGAGUAUACAAUCCCAGGCCCAUAUCCAUAUCCACAAUCACCGCUCCACAGCCGUUUCAGCACCGAGCCGGAGGCAAUUCCGAGAGUAUCCGCACCCAGUCCGAGUGAGCAGGACCCAGUAGCUGUCUCCUUUGGAUGGCAUUAUGCUACAGAUGAACGAGCUUUGCAACGUUCUUGCUAUAUCAUGAAGGAGAUUGCGAAGGGAAGAUUAGCAGAUCCGUCCAUGGAUCCAAUCUUAUUCCAGGAUAUUAUGAGUAUCCAUGAUCAGACACACCCAGAGAAGAUGUCUGUGGUGCGUGAACUGUUCUCUCGCGAUACCGAGGACUUCAGAAUCCCGUUUCGUUACCUUCACGAUCUCUUCUGCGCCUGGCGUUCCGUUUGUCACAUCAAAGUCCAGAGUUCUCAAGGUGUUAACUUCGUCAUUGAAGACUACGAUGCGGAAAAGAUCCUCAUGUGUGAAGCCAUAGUGCGGUCUGUACUUCGAGGCAUACUGAAACAUAUUGAGUCGAUCAAGGAGGACCAGGUGUUGAAUUUGAGCGGAGAACUGUCGUAG